GCCCGCCCGGAGAAGUUUGCCUCGGGAGCAGCGCGGCCGCCCGGGCCGCCGCGGCGGGGCAAGGGAGCAGCGCCGGCAGCCGCCGGCCCGGGCCGGGGGUCGCCUCCGUCGGGACGCGGCGGGGGGACGCCGCCCCGGCCGCGCCAUGGCAGCGCGGUCCCGGAGACCCUGGCUGAGCGUGGUGCUGGGGCUGGUGCUGGGCUUCACCGCCGCCUCCUGGCUCAUCGCCCCCCGGGUGGCCGAGAUGAGCGAGAAGAAGAGGCGCGGCGCCAGCCUCUGCUCCUACUACGGGCGCUCGGCGGGGCCGGGGGCGGCCGGGGGCGCCGCGGUGGCGGGCGGGCAGCAGGCGGCUGCGGCGGUGCUGGGCGGCACGGGCGUGAGGAGCAGCCCCUGGGCGGAGGAGGGCACGGUGUCCAGCCCUGCCGGCGGCGGGGAAGGGGAGCCGGAGGAGGAGGAGGAAGGCGGCGAGAAGCGGAGCGGCCGGCCCGGCGGCAGCCACAACGGCAGCGGGGACUGGGGGGGCGCGGGGGGCUGCGCCAAGCCCCGCAACUUCCUCUACGUGGGGGUGAUGACGGCCCAGAAGUACCUGGGCAGCCGGGCGGUGGCGGCCCAGAGGACGUGGGCGCCCUCGGUGCCGGGCCGCGUGGAGUUCUUCUCCAGCCAGGGCUCCGCCGCGCCCCCCGGGCUGCCCCCGCUGCCCGUCGUCGCCCUGCCCGGCGUGGACGACUCGUACCCGCCGCAGAAGAAGUCCUUCAUGAUGAUCAAGUACAUGCACGACCACUACCUGGACAAGUACGAGUGGUUCAUGCGGGCGGACGACGACGUUUACAUCAAAGGUGAAAAAUUGGAGGAGUUUCUUCGCUCAUUGAACAGCAGUAAACCUCUGUACUUGGGACAGACUGGUCUGGGCAAUAUUGAAGAACUCGGAAAACUGGGGCUUGAGCCUGGAGAGAAUUUCUGCAUGGGAGGGCCAGGAAUGAUCUUCAGCCGGGAGGUCCUCAGGAGGAUGGUGCCACACAUAGGUGAAUGCCUUAGGGAGAUGUACACCACUCACGAGGACGUGGAGGUGGGAAGGUGUGUCCGAAGGUUUGGAGGAACACAGUGUGUUUGGUCAUAUGAGAUGCAACAAUUGUUUCAUGAAAACUAUGAACAUAAUCGGAAGGGUUACAUUCAAGAUCUUCACAACAGCAAGAUUCACACAGCCAUAACCCUUCAUCCAAACAAAAGACCAGCCUACCAAUACAGGCUUCACAAUUAUAUACUGAGCCGCAAAAUUUCUGAACUGCGCUAUCGGACCAUCCAGCUCCAUAGGGAACGUGCCCUCAUGAGCAAGCUCAGUAACAGUGAAAUAAAUAAAGAAGAUCAGCAACUGGGAGUGUUACCAUCUUUCAAUCAUUUCCAGCCACACGAAAGGGAUGAAGUCAUUGAGUGGGAAUUCCUAACAGGAAAAUUUCUUUACUCAAUGGUGGAGAACCAGCCACCCCGGCAGAGCCUGAGCAGUGUCCUGCGGGCUGCACUGGAUGAUGCUGUAAUGCAAGUCAUGGAAAUGAUAAAUGAGAACUCAAGAUCUAGAGGAAGGCUGAUUGAUUUCAAGGAAAUACAGUAUGGCUACCGUAGGGUGGACCCUAUGCAUGGAGUGGAGUACAUCCUGGAUUUACUACUUUUGUACAAAAGGCACAAAGGAAGGAAAGUUACAGUUCCAGUGAGACGUCAUGCUUACCUUCAGCAAUUGUUUAGCAAACCUUUCUUCAGAGAAGCAGAAGAACUGGAUGUAAGAAGCCUGCUGGAGGAUACCAACACUGACACACAAUCUUUUUCUUUUCUUUCAAAUUCUUUAAAAUUUUUUUCCUCAUCGUUCCAAGGCACCAAAGACAUUGAGGGACACAGUGACAAGAAAAUACAUAUUCUUGUCCCUCUUAUGGGAAGAUUUGACAUUUUCUCAAGAUUUAUGGAUAACUUUGAGAAGACUUGCUUGAUUCCCAGGCAGAAUGUAAAGUUGGCAAUAAUUCUCUUCAGUUCUGAGUCAGGCCAAGACUCCAGCAAACACAUAGAACUGUUGAAAGACUAUAACAUUAAGUAUCCUACAGCAGAUAUGACUCUGAUUCCUAUGGCAGGAAAGUUUUCCAGAGGUUUAGGUCUUGAAAUGGCCUCAUCUCAAUUUGACAAUGGCACCUUGCUUCUGUUCUGUGACGUUGAUCUGAUAUUCACACCAGACUUCCUCCAGCGAUGCAGAGAGAACACUAUUCAGGGAGAACAGGUUUACUACCCUAUCAUCUUCAGCCAAUAUGAUCCAAAAGUAGUAUAUGGAGGCAAUCCUCCAGCUGACAGUAGUUUUGUUUUCACAAAAAGAACUGGAUUUUGGAGGGAGUAUGGAUUUGGAAUAACCUGUAUUUACAAAAGUGAUCUACUUACUGCUGGUGGAUUUGAUACCUCAAUUCAAGGCUGGGGACUUGAGGAUGUAGACCUCUAUACUAAAGUGAUAACAUCUGGCUUGAAGGCUUUUAGAAGUCAAGAAGUCGGAGUUGUUCAUAUUUUUCACCCAGUUCAGUGUGACCCCAAUUUAGAUCCGAAACAAUAUAAAAUGUGCUUAGGGUCCAAAGCAAGUACAUUUGCUUCUACCAUGCAGCUUGCGGAACUCUGGCUAGAGAAAAAUUUGGGUGUCAGGUACAAUCGAACUCUCUCCUGACAUAUCAACUCAUUUGGCCUUUUAAGGGGAGUUUACCUCAUUAUUAUUAUUAUUAUUAUUGUUAUUAUUGUUGUUAUUAUUUUAUUUUGCUGUUGUAUUUUUAAACUCCCUCUUUGUUGUCUUCCAAAGACUGUUGACCUCAAACAAGAUGAGUCUGCUGUUCACUGAUGUUUCUUAUACCUACUGAACUGGUUAAGUGAAUUCUGUCAGUUUUCCUUUAUUUGAAAGUCAGUCAAGUCAUGGCAAUCAUAUGAUCCCGUGGAGCACAUCCAUCAUGAGAGACUGCAUCAGAGGAGUGUUCUCUUUUGACUUUAGGAUGCAGUAUCAUUUUUGUUGCAUUUCUCAGACUUGAUGUGAUACAAAUAUUUACUGGUGAAGGUACCACAAAAGUGCUUUAUGCUUCUUCUGGGGAUGGAACUCUGUUAGAUAAACUUGAGUUUUAUAAUUUAUAUCAGGACUUAUAUGUAUAAACACUACUUUUCUUCAUCUUUAAAAUUUUUAAAGUAAAUGAAUAACUAUGAUUGUAACUUUAUUUUUAAAAAAAAAGAAAAAAAAAGAAAAACUGAGGAGUUACUUGCGAAUGCAACUGGUACUGGCUACCAAGGUCCUUAAAUGUCUUAUUAGAAUAACAAACUCCUCAUUAUUAUUCAUUCUAAGUGUAAAUGAACUUUAUUUUCACAAGAAACAGAAUCUAGUCAAAUCCUCAUGUACACUUUAGGACAUUUGUGAACCAAUGUCCUACAUUUGCAGGCAAGAAACUAUGACACAAAAUAGUAAUUUAUGAUAAAGUGCAGGCAUACAGUAUUAUUUUUUCAAGCAUAUAGUAUAAGUUGCCGUUUCUCUUUUUAGAAUGAGUCUCUAAUAUAUAAUUUUCUUUUACAUUCCCUUCUUGAGGCUGCACUUGAUACAGAGUGUUAGAAGUAAAAGCUGUAUCUUUUUUAUUUUUAUUUUUUUUUAAUGUUUUUCGUGAAUAUUGGUACUCGGAAGCAAUUUGGUGUUAAAAUUAAAGUAAUUGUAGAAUAAUUAUUUAAGUUUCAGAAUUUACUAUUGCUGGUCAAAAUUCCUUGCCAAUAUAUUUAUAUUAGUGGAGGUUGUAAGACUAUGUUAAGAUCUAUCUCUCUGGACAGCCUGACGUUGUCAUAUUACCAAUUGACAGAGUAAAGUAUUUAAAAUGAUACCAACAUAAGGAAUAAUGAAAACAACUUUUUGUAUUUUAGAUAAAUGUUUAUAUGGGGAUAUAUAUUUAUGUGUGUGUGUGAGUGUGUGUGUGUGUGUGUGUGUGUGUGCUUAUGUCCCUAUAUAUAUAUAUAUAUAUAUAAAUAGAAAGAGAAUCAUUUCAAAAGGUGGUCUUUUCAGUUCAGGUAGUGAUUUGUUGCAAUUAUUUUUCCCACAUGCUUGUAACAUUUCAUGUUACAAUUUGGUUAGAGCUCAAAGUCAUGCAAGAAACCAUCAGCAUUCAGCCAAACUUAAGUUAACACAGUGGGUACAUCCAAUAACCUCAGUACCCUGGAUUUCAAAUUGUAUUUCAGAAUGAACUGGGCAAAAGAAUGCAAGCAAUUGCUGAAGUUUUCACAUGCUAAAUACUUUUUCAAGAGCAACUGACCUCCUCUGUGUUUCCUUUCAAACUACAACCAGGAGAUUGGAAUUCACUAACGUGUCUUUUUGUGUGAAGAUACCCUGAUAAAUUUCCUAAGGCACUGGGAGGUUGCAUAGGUCAGUUAAUAUCUCUUUUCUAUGGGUGGCUGUUCUGCAUUUGCUAUGCAAGGAAAAAGGCAUCCCCAAAAGGGAAUAAGUAAACUCUGAGUCAAAGGGCUGGCUGUGGCCUUUUUGUAUUCUUUAAACAUAGUCAUCCCCAUUGCCUUGGAACAGGUAGUAUUUGUGCUAGAUCAGAACAGAUUCAUGCUUUUCUCCCCUCCCCAAGGAAUGCUCCUGGCUUGUUAUUCUCAUGGAGGCUCUUUCCUUCCUAGCUCAGUUUUGUUAGCUCAGAUAUUUGGGGAAAAUAAAAUUUAGUAUUAAUUAUGAAGGAUUUCUUGUGAACUUCUCUUUCAGCUUGAAUGAGUGCAAAGCUCUUUCUAUGGUCAGCUAGAUAGCCAAGAACAAGAAACGUGUUUUAUUUGAUUAAUCUCAGCUAACUGACGCAACUCAGAUUGCAAAUAUCUGAAAAUGAAUACCCGUUGAUAAAUGUUUGUGAUGAUUUCAUAAACAUGAAUGAAAAUAAUGAUUUACAAAUAAGUGUAAAGAGAUAAUUAUCUGCUGAGGUAUAAUCCAGUGCUUAUUUCAUUUUUUAGUUUAGUGGACAGAAAGUAUUUGUUCAGCUCAAAGUAAAAUAGUAGACUAGAACAAGAAAUGGAACCAAUCAUUCAAUGGGGAUCAAGAUGUAUACAGAGGGCUUGCAGGAUCAGGUCCUAAGUGAUAUAAGCAAAAUGCUAGUAUUUACCAGUAUGAAUAUUUAUUUAGUGUCUGACUGGUUCAUUUGUUUAUAUGAUGAAUUACUUUGUUAAAAAACUGAUUAUAAAUGUUUAUUAUGAAAUAUUGCAUUGUCUUUUGAAAUAACUAUCCUGAGAUAACUUGAGAACUUGUGUUAGUUUGUUUAAAGAAUAAUAUGCCUUCUAUGGAGAUCAUAUUAAAAAAAAAAAAGAAAAAAAAAAGAAAAAAAAAAAGCACAAAAGUGUUAGAGUAAUGUUAUGGAUGUAUAGAUUAAGAUGGGAAUGUCUGUGCUAUUCAACUGUUUGCUUUUGUCUAGUCUGAAUCAUAAUCUUGAUUGUAAAAUGAAA